GCUCUCUCGGCCUGUAGACAACAACAAUGCAGUAUAUUACUCUAACAAUAUGAAGCAUAAGAGGUCAUCCAACAAAUCCGUCAGCUUAUGUCCUUUAUCUCCCAGUCUGGCCUUAAAACGUUACUCAGUCUAUGUAAUCAGCCAUCUACUUUGUACCGCACGUAGACUUAAAUCGACGGCUCAUCUUCCGACCGAUAUGGACAAGGCGGUUCUAAGAGGCCCCCAAGUACGAUCAGCUAAUCGCAUCACAACAAUAGUAAAGCUAUUUGUAAACAAUUCGCAUAAGACUGGUACAUUUUACUCUAAAGAAAAGCUUACCACUUAUCAUAAGCCAUCUACUGUAGAUAAGGAACUGUAUGUCUCAGACACUUUCAGUCCGUGGGAUUUCGCAAGUGUUUUAUAUCUGCCUUUUUUUUUUAAUACUACUAUUGCUCCGAACUACUAUACGCCUUCCUUUUAUUUUUCCCCUUGUCCCCUUGCAUUCAAAACCCGUCUCGGAUGUUGCAUCCGUCCUUUCCCGCUCCAUCCGCUGCCAUCUAGGCUGCGACAGUGAGCUCGCAAAGAGUAAAAAGCCCACUGCGGAUCUAUCCAUAGCCUCGCCUUGCCUCGCCUCCUUUUUUUCCCCCGUCUUCCGCGGCGGAAGUGGUGGCGGUGAUUCUUGAUUCAAUGACCCUGAGGAAAUCAG